AUGUCGGAUCAACUCACGAUUAUCCCGCUGCGUAUCGGCGGCAAAGAUACGGCAUCGGCCCCUUCUAUUCGCUUUCCUGUAUACUCCAACGUACAGCAGAAAGAUGUAUAUAUGGCCGAGUCUGCUGAUGCGACAACGGCGGCACGCGCUGCAGAUGCCGCCCUUGAGGCUUUCACGACUUGGAAGAAAGUUCCAGCAGUAGAUCGUCGCGAGCUUCUGCAAAAUUACGCCAGAUCUCUGCGCGCGAAUACGGAAAGGCUCGUCGCUGUUCAACAGGAGGAGACCAGUGCACCGGAGUUAUGGUGCCGCAAGAAUAUCGAACUUGCCGUUGGCUUAGUCGAGGAAACCGCCGCAUGCAUUACCUCGUUGAACGGAUCCAUUCCGCAAACCAGUUCCUCGUCGGUUCUAUCUCUUGCGUUCACCGUUCCGGUCGGUCCUGUUCUGGUCAUUGCACCCUGGAAUUCUCCCAUUAUCCUUGGUGCGAGAAACAUCGCAACGGCUGUCGCGGCGGGCUGUACAGUUGUGUUCAAGGUAUCUGAGAAUUGCCCUCAGUUACACCACCUUCUCGUUCAGCUGUUUGAAGAUGCUGGCCUCCCUAAGGGCAUAAUCAAUGUAAUCCAAGCAAGUCGAGAAAUGGCUAGUGAAGUGACUGAGGCAGUAAUUGCCCAUCAAGCCAUCCGAAAAGUCGAGUUCGUUGGCAGUGCUUCAGUUGGUCGUGCCAUUGGUCAGCUCUGCGCGAAGUAUUUGAAGCCUAUAUUCAUGGAACUGGGCGGUAAAGGACCCGCUAUUGUGCUGGAAGAUGCUGAUUUAGCGGCUGCUGCAAAACGUUGUGUACUUGGAGGUAUCCGUGAGACAGCCUUUCUUCAUCAUGGUCAGCUUUGUUUCUCAACAGAGAGAAUCAUAGUCGCGGAGAAGGUGGCAUCCGAGUUUCGCAAGCUACUGCUAGCCGAAGUUGAAUCCUUCCCUGUCACGGACGGAGUCAGUCCUAGGAUCGUGGAGGCUUCUCGUCAAAAGCUUCUCGACGCAGAGAGCAAGGGAGUUGUUUUCCUUUGUGGUGGCACUGACAAGCUGUCACCAUCAAAGCUUCGCCCAACCAUUCUUGAAGGAGUGACGAAAGACAUGGAUAUCUAUUAUGAGGAAGCCUUCGGGCCUUCUGCAGCUCUUUUUGUUGCCCGUGAUGACAAUCAUGCCAUCGAGAUUGCCAACGAUAGCCCUUAUGGACUGAAUGCUGCGAUUCACACGCUAGAUUUCAAUCGAGCUUGGCAGAUGACUCAGGAGCUUGAUUUUGGGCAAGUUCAUGUCAAUAAUAUGACGCCCCAUGAUGAACCGACUUUCCCAAUUGGUGGAGUUAAAGGGAGUGGAUGGGGUCGAAACAAUGCCCUUUGGGGUCUACGGGAGUUUAGUGAAACAAAACUAAUGACUUGGAGCGUUGAGGGCCAGAAGUUUGUCUAA